UUAGCGUGCCCUGCCAUUGGACUUCGCCCGUGCCAGUCUCGCAAUAGGGUUUCCGGGUCCUUUGGCGCUAGAAACAAACUGGAAGGAAGUUGCGAACUUCCACUCUGGGCCUAGGCUAGGACGCGUUUAUGCGAUAGAUUUUUACCUGCCCUUUUGCUUUGAAAAUGCUCUUGAUGGACAUUUUGAACGCUUUCCUGAAAGGGGGCUGACAUUCGUCGCAGUGCGGAUGUGUUCUCCAUGCGGGCACAAAGCUCUUAAACAGCCCGUUUUCCAGAGUGGAAACCAGAUCUAAUCCAGGAUGAGAAAGAAGUCAAACCAGCAUCAGUUCCAGAUGAUUGGGACAGUGCAGAGAAACCUCACCAGCUCCAAGCCUUUCUUCUCAACCCCGAUUCUAUGUUAAAGCUCAGUUUCACGGGGAGGAUGCCAGGUCUCAGCCUCCUGCUUCUGCUGCCAUGCUUGCCUCCUCACCAUGAUGGACUCUUGCCCCUCUGGAACCUGGGAACUCCAUGAACACUGGAUAGAGACAUACAUAACUGAAUUUAUGAAGAGCACAAGGUGAUUCCUUGCAGCAGACCCUGUGGGAAGUGGAAACGGGACACCCAGCCAGAGGCCACUGCCCCUCAGCACCAAGAGGAGCCAUCACAGAAGUAUGAAGAGGGCCUGCACGGCCACAGCUGCCGCCACGGUGCUGCUGGGCUGUGAGGAGCCUGGACCACAGGACCUGUAUCUGCAGAAGCCACAGUGGAGCAGCCCUGAGCACAGGCGCUGCUGAGCUGCUGCAGCUGAGCUGUCGGAGCAGCGGGCUGGGUGUGCAGAGUGGAUAAAUGAUGUGCACUGCCCUGAGCCCCAAGGUUCGCAGCGGACCUGGCCUGUCUGAUAUGCAUCAGUACAGCCAGUGGCUGGCCAGCAGACAUGAAGCUAAUUUGCUGCCAAUGAAAGAAGACUUGGCCUUGUGGUUAACCAAUCUAUUAGGGAAAGAGAUAACAGCAGAAACCUUCAUGGAGAAGUUGGAUAAUGGUGCCUUGCUCUGUCAGCUUGCAGCAACUGUGCAAGAGAAAUUCAAAGAAAGCAUGGAUGCCAAUAAGCCUGCUAAGACUCUGCCACUGAAGAAGAUUCCCUGCAAAGCCAGCGCACCCUCAGGCUCCUUUUUUGCCCGAGACAACACAGCCAACUUCUUAUCCUGGUGCCGAGACCUGGGAGUGGACGAAACAUGUCUUUUUGAAUCCGAAGGCCUGGUUCUGCACAAACAGCCCCGAGAAGUGUGUCUAUGUUUGCUAGAGCUUGGCCGGAUCGUAGCCAGGUAUGGUGUGGAGCCUCCUGGUCUGAUAAAGCUGGAAAAAGAAAUUGAACAAGAAGAGACACUUUCUGCCCCGUCUCCUUCGCCUUCUCCUUCAUCCAAGUCUUCAGGAAAGAAGAGUACUGGGAACCUACUGGACGAUGCAGUAAAAAGAAUCUCUGAAGAUCCUCCCUGCAAGUGCCCAACUAAGUUCUGUGUGGAGCGGCUCUCUCAAGGUCGAUAUCGGGUGGGAGAGAAGAUCCUCUUCAUCAGGGGUCUUCAUAGUUGUGCCUAUGUCUCCACAGCCAAAGCAAAGCAGACCCUCAAGAUGCUGCACAACAAGCAUGUGAUGGUCCGAGUGGGAGGAGGCUGGGAGACCUUCGCAGGCUAUCUACUCAAGCAUGACCCCUGCCGCAUGCUGCAGAUCUCCCGUGUGGAUGGCAAGACAUCCCCUGUGCAGAGCAAAUCACCAAUCCUGAAGGACAUGAAUCCAGAUAAUUACCUGGUGGUCUCUGCCACCUACAAGGCUAAGAAGGAGAUUAAAUGAAACUGGUUUCUGAAAGGGGACUCAUGCAAUGGCCUGUGUCCAUUCUACAGUAUAGCCAGUGUAGUUCACAUGCUUUGAGAACCACACACAUUAUCAAGCAGGAAAAGGCUCAAAAGUAGCACUAUUUAUUUUUAAUGCAUCUGUAGAACUUCACCUAAGGGAAAAAAUUCUAAACUCAGAACAAAAUCAGACAAAUUAUAAGCAAAUCAUUAUGGCUCUGUAUGUGAACAUAGUAUUUAAAACAAACCUUAUUAGGAUAAACUCAGUGCAGCCAUUGGAGGUGAACAUGCCUAGAUUAUAAUUAGCAUGUAUGGAUAGGUCAACAGAAAGUGCCUGCUGUAUGUCUAUGAGCUAAAGCACCCCAGACACUUUUAUAAUGGUGGGAUUUUAUAGCUAUUUUUUACAAAAUGACAAUGUGAUGAUGUGCUACUAAAAUUGUCCACAGACUAUACGAUACAGUUUUCAUAGCCAUAAUACUUAACUGGAAAGGCCACAUCAGAGAUGUCGACAUUCACUGGGAAGAUUGCCUUAAAGAUCAUCUUUGAUCACUGACCAAACCAACCUCUGGGGUACUUUUGGAUGUUGCCUGUACAGCCCCUUAGAAAUAGCAGGUACCUUACACACACACACACACACACACACACACACACACACACACACACACACACACACAGAGAGAGAGAGAGAGAGAGAGAGAGAGAGAGAGAGAGCAGCUAUAUUUAGGAAGAUCACUUAGUGAAAUUCACAUGCAUAAGCUGGCAUACAUUCACAUUGUGAUGUGCAGACUGCACAGUCACAUGUUCAUCAGCUUUGUGAUUUUGUUUAUUUCAAGCAUUUUCUUAUUAAAAUGUAUCUUACUUAGUCCUAUUCUGCUAUGCUGUCUCAUGAAGUAAAUUCACUGUAUUGAAUGAUGUUACAGACUUGUAUACCCAGGACAGGGCUGUUUUGUACCAAUGAACAGCAAGAUAUUGUCCACACUGAUUUAAGAAUUAAAAACCAAAAAUUAAAAAAAAAACAUAUUAUGUCUCUAUCAUGCUUCAAUCUAAAAUAAAGUUAAUCUUCAAACUACUAA